UUGGAGCAAGGGUAGAAGCAAUUAAUUUUGGACUUAAUGAAUAUGACGGAGAUUUUGGAAGAGAUGUGCCAGAACUAAAAAGAGCUCAUCAACGUAUUGCUAGAAAGUUAGAAGACAAUCAGGCUGCCUUUGUUCAUGCUUUACAAUGCCAAGCUCAUCAACAUCGUCAAAAAGUAAGGGAACUUGAAGAACAAAUUACUCAAUUACAAGUUCAGUUAGAAAGUCAAAAAACGCAGGAAAAAGACGUGCAAACUCAAGAAAAAGCAACCCAAACUAACGAGAGUUUAGAAUGUAGUUCAAUAAUUCAGAUUGCUCCUAAAGGAAGUAGUUUUUAG